AACUAACCAAAAAAAAUGCUUGUUAGAACUAGUUUGUCUCCAAGAAGAAAAUGUUUUACACCUUCGAUGUGGGAAGGUAGAUAGUAAUAGACGAUAAGAAGAAGCCAAAAUCGUUAUUUGAAAACUGAAGAUGUUGAUAAUAGGAAUGUUUAAUCUAGAAAUGAUGAUUCAAAAAGAAAAUCAGGGAGUAUAGUGAAUAAUAAAAAAAAUAAGUCAAUGACAAAUCAUAAAGCCUCAUUGAAUAGCUCUUUUAAUACAAAAAACAUAAAGACAAUUUAGUUAUCAACUCGAAAAUCCUCAUUAUAGAAGUAAAAUAUAUUGAUAUUUAAAUUUAGCAAAUUACAUCCUAACAGUACAACAAGUGAGAAUCAUGUCCAUUAAUAUUUUUCAUAGUCUCCAGCAAAAAGAAUAUUAAAUUGUGAAAAGCUGAUAAAGGCUUAGAAAUUUUAAGAGGCAUUAAAGGAUUUGGAAGAGAUUGAUUAACCAUAAAUAAAUCCUGAAUAUAUAAAGGAGAUUGCCUACUAUAAGGGUUUGAUACAUAUGAAUUGUCGUCACUAUGAUUAAGCAGUAAAUUAGUUUUCAAGAGCAAGACAAUCAGGAGAUUUAAAUGGAAAUACAGUAAUAUUAUAAGCAUUAUGUUUAAAAAAAAUUGGUAACUACAGUGAUGCAAUAGUUGUAUUGAAAGAGUUUUUAUCUAAGAAAUAUUCAAAAUUACAACCAACUUAUUAUGAUGCAUUAAUACAUAAGGGAAAAUUGUUAAUGAAGAUAAAAAAAUAUUAAUUAGCAUUAUAAGAUUUUAAUUAAGCAAGUGUUUUAGAAAAUGAUUAGAUUUCAUUUUAAGGUACUUUAGGAAGAGCUGAUUGUUUAAGAUUGAGUGGUAAAAUAACAGAAGCAUUAAAUGUUUAUGAAACAAUUCCAGAGAAUGAAAUAAUUUUAAUGAGAAAAAUAUAUUGUUAUAUAGAGUUGUAAUCUUUAGAUAGAGCAAUGGAAGCCAUAAAUUAAAUUUUAUUAAGUGAUCCAAAUAGUUCAGAAGCAUUAUUUAUGAAAGGAUAGAUUUAUAUUAAUAAAGGAUAAUUAAAUGAGGCAAUUUUAAGUUUUGAAUAGUCAAUUAAAUAAAAUAAUAGUAGAAAAGCAGUAACAAAAUCUUUGUAAGAAAUAGCUAAAAUUAAAAUUGAUUAAAAAGAUUUCUAUUCUGCCUAUUAUACAUUAUAAAGAGAAGAUCAUUUAGAGGUUGAUAAAGAAUCGAUUAUGAAAUUAAGAUAAUUUACAGAAGGAGUGAUAUUUUUAAUGAAAAGAAAAUAUUAAGAAGGAGUCAAUGUUUUUACUUAAUUAAUAAAUAAUUAUUAAUUGGGAGAGUUUAUAAAAAAGAUUAUAUUUUUAUAUAGAGCUUAUGGUAUUGAUAUUAAAUAUUUUAGGUUUUAUUUGUUUGAAUAAAUUUUAGAAAGCAUUAAAUGAUUUGAUAUAUGUUUAAAAUUUCUAAGAAUUAGAUUAACCAUCAUUAUAUAAUAAAAUAGUUUGUGAAGGAAUUGUGAUGUCUUAAUCAAGUUAAUUUGAAAAAGCUUAAUCAUAAUUUUAGAAAGCUUCUAAAUUAUUUCCUGGUAAAAUGGAACCUCAUUUUUAUAAAUCUUUGACUCUGAUAUAAUUUAUUAAUAAACAUAUGCCAAAAGAUAAGGAUAAGUAUAUAAAGAAUGCUCUAAAACAUUUAGAUAAAGCAGUAACACUUAAUGAUUAGAAUUCUAAUUUAUUAUAUCACAGAGGAAUAUUAAGAUUUUAUUUUGGAUAAAUAGAUUUGGCAUUGUCUGAUUUAACAAAAGCUGUUGAAAAGAAUGAAGAUAGAGUAGCAAAGUAUGUUUAUGCAAGAGGAUUAGUAAGAGCAUGUUUAGACAAUCCUUAAUAAGCAUUGAAUGAUUUCACAAUAGUCAUUAAUUGGGAUUCAAAAUUUGCAGAAGCAUAUUUAAAUAGAGCUAAAGUAUUUACAUUGUUGGGAGAUAGAACAGCUGCUUUUAAUGAUUUACAAACAUAUAUUUCUUUAAAACCUAAAGAUCCUGAUAUUCAUUUAUGGGCUGGAAAUUUAUUAUUUUUAAUAGGUGCUUAUGAACAUGCAAUAAAAACUUAUUCUCAUUCACCUGAUAUAUAAAAUAAUGUAUAAUUAUUAAGAUAUAGAGCAUUAUGUUAUAUAAUUUAAAAAGAAUUAAAUUAUGCUAUGUCAGAUUUGAAUAGAAUUAUAGAAUUAACAGGAGAUAAAAAAAGUUAUAUUGAUAAAGAAUGUUUAUUAGCUUUAAAAACAUCAACUGUUGGACCAGAUGAAUCUUAAUCUGUAAUGGUUGUAAAAUUAUCACAAGGAUCAAACAAAUUAAUUAAUUUCAGAUUGGCAUCUUAAAUGUUGAAAAAACUAAUCAUAUUAGGAUCUGAUGGUCAUGUAUUUCUUACUCCUGAUUUGAUAUUUUAUAGAGGAAUUAUGAAAUUUUAUUUAGGAAACUACAAAAAAGCAAUAGAUUUAUGGACAAAAUCAUAUGGAUUAAAAUAGUAAAUAAAGGAAUUUAGUUAAUAAUCUAAUAACUCAUUAAUAUCAUAGUAAGAAUAAUAAGAAAGAUUAAUCAGUGAAUUAGAUGAAUUAGAAUUUGAAGAUAGAACAUACAAUAUGUAUGAAUACUAUUACAAUGUUGCUUUAGCAACUAUAUUAGUAAAAUUAUUUUAUAUAAUUUAAGAAUAAAUAAAAGAGAAAGGGAAAAGAAUUAUUAAAUUAAUUAGCUGAUUAACUUUAAGAAUCAUUUGAAACAGCUAUUCGAGAUUUCAUUUCUGCAUUAGAUUCUAAUUAAUCUAAAACAGCAACAAUAUUUCCUUUUUCAAAUAGAUUAUGCUGUAUUUUUCCUACAUUUAAAAUGGGAAAUUUAGAAACAAGAUUAUCAUUUUGUUUACCUAGAAUAACUCCUCCAUCAAUGAAUCCAGAAUUUGAUAAUAAAUUAAUUGAAGGAAUUCAAGUAAUCUUAAUUAUUCGAUUACAAUAGUAUAGUCUACAGACGUGGAUAACAAACCGGAAGCGCCAUGGAUUAGAAGAAAUCCAGAUGGAGUGAUAUUUACAGAAAAUGUAUAAUAAGUUGAAUUGGAUUUAAGAAGUGAAAGUUAAAAAUCAUAAAUUGAUCAUAAUUAAUAAGAAGAAAAUGAUGAUGAAAAUUCUGAAUAGUAAUCAAUUUCUUUUAUUCAUAGACAUUAAAUAUCUAUUAAUGAUGAAAAAAUCACAAUAGAGUAAAGACAUUAAGAUGAUUCAACAACUUAUCAAACUAAUUAUAAAAAAGAUAUUGAAUUGCUUAAAUAAUAAUUAAGAUUAGAUAAGAUAGUUGAAUAAAGAUUAGCAAAAUUAAAAUGA